CAUAAAUUUUAUAUGUAUUUAUGUACCACCGUUUCUAUCUCCCCAUGUCUCAGCAAACAAACACAACUCAAGAUAAUAGAUAAUGGUUGGCACGCAAGUGUGAUACAAUAGAGAAAUAUGGAUCAAGAGUCUUCUCCUCACGAGGCCAUGUUUCUGGUGUUAGGUUACCUUCCAGUCUACGAGCUUUUAUUGAUGUCUCAAGUUUGCAGGUCACUGAGAGAUGCACUGAACAACGAUGUGCUGCCAUGGCUAAACAUCCUUGUUCAAAGGCCUCUCAGUUCUCGACUCUCUGAUCACACUCUCAUCAACAUCACCUCCAAGGCCAAUGGUGGCCUCAAAACACUCUCUCUCAUCAACUGCAUCCACAUCACGAACCACGCCCUUCAAACCCUCGUUCGUCAAAACCCUCACAUAACAAAGCUGCACAUACCAGGAUGCAGCAGCAUAACCCCCGAAGGAGUCGUAGCAGCCGUGACAACACUCUGCCAUGGAAGCAAUUGCUUAAGAACCUUGAGAAUUAACGGCAUCUAUAACCUAAACAGGGAGCAUCUACGCACGCUGGCUUCUUGCCUUAACAACAACCUUCAAUUAGAGCAGCAACCUCCUCUCUUCUAUCACGAACGCCACAGAGAAAGGGAGAGGAUUAUUGAUUUGGAGGCAUGUCCCAAGUGCUAUGAGGCGAGGGAGGUUUAUGACUGCCCGAAGAGAGAGUGCGAGUGCAGAGCAUGCAGUUUCUGUAUUCCAAGAUGUGAAAACUGUGGUGGCUGCAUUGCAUCAGAACAAGUGGAAGAGGCUGCUUGUUCAGAUAUCUUGUGCCUUAAUUGCUGGUUACAUGAGCGUCCCAAAUGCAGUUUCUGUAACAAGCCAUACUGUAGGCAACACACUUCAUGGUGGCCCAAUUCUUCUGACUCUACAUUCGUUUGUAGAGUUUGCCAAGAAAAUUCAAGUGGAUAUACCUACAUGGAUGACUUUAUGUAAUCAUCAAUAACUUAUUCACAUUUAUCUAUGUAUAUGAAUAAGCUGCUGGGCGUUGUUUCCCCUGUUAA